AACAUUUCUGUUUCUCGUUAGCUGCGUUGAUGCCUCUCGUUUCGUAAGCCCAGCCGUUAACGCAAUUCCACCACUCCUAUACCUGCGCCCUCUAAAAAUGAAAACAGAGCAACAUACGGACGAACGUUCUGGUGAGGUGCUCCAGGCGUACCUCAAAGUCAUGGAUCUCGCUAGAACUCCGAACCUCUACACUCGAGACCCCGAGUUCGUGAUGCUCGGAACCGGACAGUGUCGGAGAAUCCUUCUGUUAGAAGCCCUGGUGGGACACUCUCUGGUUCACGCGAAAGAUUGGAGUCCGAAGAGACCGAUUUUCUUCAGGCUGUUCUCCGACAGGAACCAGAACAGCAUCAGCAUCAGGAUAAAGGGCGACACCGCGUUCAAGGCCAACGCGGCCGACCUUGACGUGAAGCUCGAAGACUUCGAGGCGGAGCUGGAGAGGCGCAACGUGGCGUCGGCCAGUCCGCUGGAGAUAGAGUACAGAGGAUACAGGUACUGCAACGUGGUGAUCAUCGAGACGCCCAACAUGAAGGCGAGCGGAGAAGGCGCCAAGGACGCCGACCACGGGCAACUAGACAAGAGCGACAGCGAGCAACAGGUGAGUAGAGGCGAUCAGGUCAGGAAAAGAACGAAGCAAACCCUGGUGGCGAAGGAGGAACGCGUGUUGAAGUGGUGUCGACCGACGCACAGAAAACUGAUUUUUUUCGACCCGGACACGACGGACUCCGUAGCGAUCCUGGAGAAGAUCGACAUGAGGCUGGGCAGGAGCAUCCUGGUGUACGAUGACUUGGCCAACACCUCGAAUAACCUCUCGAGUUCGAAAGAGCUGAACAACUAUCUGGCAUCGAGCAUUCGCGGAAGAAGUCCGGACCGGAUCUUCUUCGUCAACUUCUUUUCUCCUCAGACGCCGCUUCUGGACCGAAAGGAGUACGAGAGCGGCCUGCAGGAAAUGGAGCGGGAUGAGAGUCUGUUCUCCGAGAGCUUGCGGAUCGAGCGCCACCACCAAGCCUGCAUCGGCGUGAAAAACCUGGUCAAGGCCAUAAACAAAGAAACGUGGAAAGUGCACCAAUGCUACAUUCUGGGCAUGCUGAACCAAAUUCACGACCUGACGCUGGAAGCGAGCAGAAACCUGAAGGACUGUCAAGCUCGGGUACAACUCUUGGACCCGCACCACUUGAGGUCCGUCGCAACGACCUUCAUCACCAACCUCAUGAGCGUGAUAGAAAAGCUCCUCGGCGAACACAUGGAAGACAGGCCGAACAGGCUCGGGCAAACCACCCUCGACGAGAGGGCCGUGGUGGGAGAAUGGGUCGACGGGAACGGCUACGUGGUCAGCUUGCCCGUCUCGGACGUCCCGAAUGGCGAAGCGCUCCUCCAGGGCGGACAACAACUCCAGCGCCUAUUCACCGAGUUCCGACUAAUGAUGGAGACGCUCCGUCUGCCGGAUAUUCAGCUCGACGAAAUAGGGACUUCGAUCGGCGCCGUCCGCUUCAACUCGUCCGGCCUGCUGCGAAUUUCCGCUGAACUCGUCAGCUCGACUCUCACCAAGCAACUCACGCCGCUGGUCGACCACCUCGUCUUCUACGCCAAAACUCUCCUCAAAAACUUCCUGCAGUACGCGUUCCACUCCAUCGCCAACGGCUGCGCUCCGUCGGACGCCACGUCAAAACCCUACAACACAUACCGCCUCUCGAAAAACAAUUCUCAGUACUGCUCGCCUCCUCCCGGCACCGCCGUCAUAUCCAUAGACGAAUUUCCGUACUACACCCACUACAUCAAAGUGCACUAUUUCUCCGUCAUCGAGCAACUCGCUCAGCACUGCCGCAGGCAGUGCAUGGACGAAUUCCGGAACAUCCCGUUCUUCCCCUGGGACCUGCCCUCCACUCUCCCCCACGCCCGAGACAAGAAGAAGUUUGACCUGCCUCGGUUCAUAGAAUGCGUUCACCUCUGCAACGAAAAGUUCUUCACCUCGGUAAAAGCCCAACUCACCAAAAACGUCCUGCUCAAGUGCCACGAAACCUUCCUGAACCCCACGGACUCUCCCCUCUGGACCGAGGGCCAGGCGUCGAUGAGCCUCUUCAGCGACUCCAAACUACACGACCUCUUUCAACUCUCCGUCAAGAGGGACCAGUACUUGGUCGAAGAGGCCCAGCUCAGCGCCAAGUAUAACGAGUGCCAGCAGCGAGAGUCCAAGUUCCAAGAGGCGUCCAACAUCCUAUCGUACUUUCUCAAAACCUGACCCGACCUGACCGCGUCAGAAAGAGCGACGCACCCGCCAAGCUCUCGGAUAACAAAAAUAAAAAUAAAAAAAACGUUUCAUCGUAUCUUGCUCGCCCGGUCGCGCACGGCCCUCUCACACGUAAUGAAUAGCUUUAAAAAAAAGCAGACAAACGACGAUCGACGCCAGCAAAACCCCUGUGAUCAGGUAAAACCCGAAGGCGCUAUGAACCUGACGGUCAAGAUAGACGUUCACAUUCAUGCCCCACAACGUAGGUGUGACGGUCGCUGGAAUCAUGAUAGCAGAGAUGGCCGCGAUGAUCUUCACGAAAUAACUCUGACGGACUGAAACGGCUCGCACGUUCACC